CCGACCUUUGUUUAUAUUUUGAUCAUAGUAUUUAAAUAAAAAUACAGAAUAUAUUGGAAAAUGGACUUGGAUCUGUCCCGAGAUGAUAUGAUGAAGGAGCUCAAAAAGAGGGAGAUAUAUUUGCCCGAUGAGGAGAGUCUUUCGCUGGAUCGGCUGGAGGAAAUAUACCGGAAAUUUGUGAUCCCCCGGCCAAGGAGAGAGCGGGAACCACGCCAUCCCAAUCCAAUUCCCAUGGAAAUGGAACAGUUGACGCAGCGCAUCAAAUCGGUGGCCAUGGUGGGGCAAAAGCGACCACUGCCGGCGGCUCCGAGCGACGACGAUAGACCCAAGCAAAUCAAGAUGGACCUGCGCUGACCUCUCC